AUGUCUGUUCAUAGGAGGUUUGCUAUAUCUUCAAUCAUUUUUUUGCUCGGAGAAGAGUGGGUGGCCUCUGCCCAGGAUUCAUCUGCCAUUUGUGAGGCCUUGGGGGUGGAUUUGCCCAGAGACUCCAAUGAAGCCUUUGAGUCGGCCAAGCGAGCCAAGAACCUGAGCUUCGCGAGCGCGUGCUCGGGCACGCUGGUGCUGGCCAACACGCUGCUGGGGGGUUCCGGGCUGCUGGGCAUGCCGGCGGCUUUGGCCAAAGCAGGCUACUUGCUGGGCCUGGGCCUGAUGGUGGUCUUCGGGUUGUUCUCGGCCUUCGGGUGUCACUUGCUGCAGUGCUCUGCGCGAAGGAUUGGCCAAGCUCCUUGCAGCUUCUACACCGUCUCGAAUGCAGUGGUGCCACGCUGGACUUGGCUGAUCGACGGGGCCGUGAUGGUGAAAUGCUUCGGGGUGGCCACGUCGUACUUGAUCAUUGUAGGCGACCUGGCUCCCCCCGCUUUGGCGCACUUUGGCUUCCAGCGGCCCCGCUGGGAGGUGAUCCUGGUGAGCUUCGCGCCGGCUGCGACCCUGGCCUGCUUCAAGAACCUCAGCGGCCUCAGAUUCACUGCUGCUGGAUCCAUGGUGAUUGUCGUUUGGACCACCGUGCUGAUCGUCCUCUUCCUGCUGCAGCCCACCCAGGCCUUUGAGCCCUGCAGUUCCAAAGAGGCCCUGCCCUGCGGUGACGGGGUGGUGGAGGCGAUCGUGACCUCCGACCCCUUGGCGCUGGGCAAGGCGCCGGUUUUCGAUUGGGGGCUGCUGGUGCACCGGUACGACCCAGGUCCCGAAAAAGCUACCGCCAAAGAUGAGGCGCCGAAGAAAAGGCAGAAGGUGAAGCAGAUCGCGGAGGUGGCGCCCACCUUCGCGCGGGUCUUCAAAGGCGGCCCCAAGCGCCGGGAGAGCGACCUGCCGGUCCAGGAGGAUGAGGGCGUGGAGGAAGCGCCUGUGGCGCCCGAGGCUGCGCCAGCCGACCUCUCCUGGCUCACCUCCCUCGUGGCGGAGGCGCCUGAGCCCAAACCUGCAGAGGAGCUCGACUGGCUCACCUCUUUGAAGGCCCCGAAGGCCAAGCCCAAGGCAAGCCAAGUGCAAGAUGGGCAGCCAAAGAGGUUCGAUGACGGCCGAGCCUUGCCCAUUCCACCCUUCUGGCGCACCGCUCCUUUGGAACAGCUGGAGAAAGAUUUGUUGCAGCUACGCGAGCGGAUGCUGCCGAGGAUCAAGCGCAUGGCCAAAGACGCCCAGCGAGCGGAGCAGCCAGCAGCCCAGGAAGCGCGGCGGCCACAUGAAGCCCCGGACGCGGCUCUGAGCGGAGAAAAGGAAAGCGCGCGCAGAGAGUCUGAGAGUCUGAGAGGAGUGUUCGAUUUUGGCGUGGGCGGCGUAGGUAUGGCCCUGCCGGUCUUUAUCUUUGGCUUCACCUGCCAACAGAACAUCUUCAGCAUCUGCAACGAGGUUCGAAACACCACCCGCGCGCGCGUGGACAGCAUCAUCGCCGCUGCGUACCUGAUGGCGGGUUCGGCCUUCGUGGCCGCGGCGGUGCUGGGGUACCUUACCUUCGGCAGCGACAUCGACUCGGACGUGCUGAAGAGCUACCCCUCCAGCGGGGUGGUGGCAGUGACGCGACUCAUGUACUCCCUGCUGGCGCUCUUCUCGUACCCUCUGCAGAUCCAUCCCGCCCGCGCUUCCGCGCUGGCGCUGGUGGGGCUCGUGAAGCCGGCGCCGGACGGAGGGGUGCACCGUUGGUCCGCCAUCACGGUGCUGGCGCUGGUGGGCUCGCUGCUGGUGGCCAUCACGGUGAUGGACCUGGGCAAGAUCUUGGGCGUGGUGGGUGCCACUGGAUCGACCAUGGUCUCGUACAUUUUGCCGGGUCUUGUGUACUUCCAGGCGUUCCCCUACUGCCACUGCAAGCGAUUCCUGGCACUUGGCCAGCUGCUGUUAGGUUGCAUCAUCAUGCCUGUGUGCCUGUUGUUACUGUUCCUCUGA